AUGCACUCCGAACCAAAGAUUCUGACCGAUCAUUUUGAAGAAUUAACCAAAAAAAAAUCUCGACCAGCAGAAUACGAAAUCAAUUUCUCAACCAAGCAGCUUACAAUGAAACUCAGGACUCGUUCUUUUGAAGAGAGUUUCGAUACUCCAAGUUCUUCAUCAACACCGAAGAAGAUCAAAAUUCAGAAACCAGACGACUUCGAAACGGUUCAUCCCAACUCAGUAACUUCAUACGGACAAUUCGGAAAAUGUGAAGGGUCCGAAUGUGACGGAGUACCUGAAGAGACGAUCAAGAUCAACGACGAAAGAUUAUGCAGAACCUGCGCGAUAAAAUCGAAUAGCAAUCUUCAUCUUCAAGGGAAAACAUUCGACAAAUCCGAUGCCGAAUUCAAGUGUCCUGCAUUUUCUUCUGAUGGAAGCUGCAAAUCGGAGAAAAUCUCCUUUAGUGAAUUCUACCUCGGAUCUUGCUGUGAGCAAGCUUCAAAAUGGCUGACAGAGAAUGAAAAAGCCCGCAAAAAAGAAAAUCCACAUCAUGAAAAACCUUCAUGCCGAGGCCAAGCGAGAACAAAAAGAAGCAAAAGAGGAAUCGAAAGAGACGAAAACGAGCAUCGAUAA